GUGGGCUGCGGGCCGGUGGGGGUGGGAGACAUGGACUCGCCGCCAGCCUUCGCCAUGGACAAACCGUUCGCCCCCAGCACCGUGCGCGUUCCGGAGCCGCCCGAAAACCCUCAGAGCCGGAAAAACUUCAGCGUGAGCCAUCUCCUCGACCUGGAGGAGGUGGCUGCCGGGAUGAACGGGGCCCCCCCCGCCGGCCCCCCACCCUCCGCCGGCGGUAAGGCCAUGCCGGAGCCGUCGGGAGGCAGCAGCGGCAGCGAGGCGGCACCCCAGGACGGUGAGAGCCUGAGCCCGAGCCGUGGAGUGGCCAAGAGGAAGAAGAAGCAGAGGAGGAACCGCACCACGUUCAACAGCAGCCAACUGCAGGCUCUGGAGAGGGUCUUUGAGCGGACGCAUUACCCCGACGCCUUCGUGCGGGAGGAGCUGGCCAGGAGGGUGAACCUCAGCGAGGCGAGAGUCCAGGUUUGGUUUCAGAACCGGAGGGCCAAGUUUCGCCGUAACGAGAGGGCGAUGUUGGCCAACAGAUCGGCGUCGCUCCUCAAGUCCUACAGCCAGGAAGCUGCCAUCGAGCAGCCCAUGGCACCGCGGCCCACCGCGCUCAGCCCUGAGUACCUCUCGUGGAGCAGCUCCUCCCCGUACAGCACUGUGCCAUCCUACAGCUCCAGCGGGACCGCGACACCCACCCAAGGGGUGAACAUGGCCAACAGCAUCGCCAGCCUGCGCCUCAAAGCCAAAGAGUUCAGCCUGCAUCAGAACCAAGUGCCGACUGUGAACUGACCGGGGAAAAUCCCCAUGGCCUCAUCCAGGACUCGACGUGGGGAUCCUGUACUGAUCGGCACCAACCCGCUGCCCGCCCCACGCACUGCUCGUCUGAUGCCCCAGCACCUCUCCUCUCCUCUUCCCUCUUGAAGGUGGCGUCAAGUCCCAGUCUGAAGUGGCACAUCGCUAUAGCCACAUAUGGAGCAAACUUGGUUAGAAACUUGCUUUUCUGCACACCCUUAUAAUAAAGGCUAUAUAUACACACACAUACCCCCCACGCGCUCUUCGAGGACAAACAGACUUACCAAGCGAACAAGAAUUUGCUUCCAAACAUGGAAGGAUCUUGGACUUUUGGAUUUGACCAAUUUGGGUAUCUUGCCUGGAGAGCCAAAGAGUUAUUGGGUCUUCUCCUCCCACAGGGACGGCACGCAGCGCUGGGACGAUCGCGAUGCUGCACGAUGCCAAUUUUUUGAGCCCCCCUUUAUGCUGGGCCUUCACCUCCUCAUGCACUGCCAGCCAUGGGGCUCAGUGGGACCAUUGAAAGCCAACAGCUGCGUCCUGGUGCCGUAAACUGAGGGGGGAACACAUCGCCGCGCCCCAUCCAGGCACCACCACCCCACAUCUGCGGGUUUGCCAGCAGUUCUGCAGAGCCCCAGGUCAUUGAACCAGCCCAGGGAAAGAGAAAAUUGGAAAAAGCUGUUGGUUUCAGCUGAGUAGGCGGCUCCCAGUGCUUUGUGCCAAGGGCAGAGCAGGCUUCGUCUUCCGGAGGCACAGCAUCCCCAGCGGCCGCUCUGCAGAUGGGCCACAGAAUGCGGGGCUGGAGGCUCCAUGGGGUGUUUUCUAUGUUUCUGAAUAAAGGAAACUGUAUUCCCCACCACGCCACACAGCCCAGUGAAGGGGCUCUCAAUUGCAGGGUGGGCAGAAAACUUCCCUGCAGCAACGUGGGAUGAGCCGGCGCUGGGGCAAUAGGGGAUUGACUCCAUGGACAAAGCCAGUGGAGUGCUCCUCCCUCACCCACUGCAAGGAGCAGCAGCCAAGCAGCCAACUAAACCUAUUCUAGGAGGGCUUUGUCCAGCCAGCAUGGUGGGGCCAAUAACAAGUGAAUGUAGCAUUGGACCCAAGGAUGGCCACGACAGCCAUCGAGAUCAACACCCAUCAGUAUGCGAUGCCAGGCCAAAAGCACCCAAACCACUUUGUAUACACACCCAAGAGCCCCCACAUCCUGCCCACAGGAGCUUUCUCUCCCUUUCUUACCAAGGAAAACCACAUCUGGUCCUUGAUGGCCAUGGUGUCCCCUGGAUGUGCCAAGUGGGGAGGGCAGAGCUCCUCAGAGUGCUGCAGUGAGACUUCAUGGGGAUCCCACAACGCUGAGCACUGCCAUGUGGGCAGAGGAGCCCCUGCAGAGCAAAGCCCCCACCCCAAGGAACAGCACUGGGCCGGGGGGUCCCAUUCCCAUGGAAAGCAUAGGGCUCUUCUUUUUUUUUUUUGGUUAUACAAGACGAAACCACAGGGAUAUAAAUGUCACUGCCUCUUUGAGAGCAUUAAUGAAAAUAAACCCAUUUAAUAGUUUGCAGAUGCCGUUUCUGUAAACCUAAAAAAAGCAGGGAAUAAAUAUUUCUUCACUAAAUAUCUAUAUGUAUAUAUAUAUUUGAAAACAUGCGUUCCCAAUCUUUGGGCCCCUCCCUCGCCACGCUCUUGGCUGCUUAAGGCGGAGCAUCACUCAGCAUCACAGCCUCACCGAGAGGGAAAUCAGGGAUCGUGGUCAUGUCAUCUGAGCUCUCUCCCUUUUCUAUCUGUACAUUGCAAUGGCUUCUAACAAGAUCCACAGUCGACUUUUGAUUAUUAUUAUUUUUUUUUUGCAUGUCUGUAUUUUUUUGGAAUUUUUUUGUAAAGGUUUUUUUGGUUUUGUUUUGUUUUUUUUUGUUUUGUAAAAACAACUCUUGUGAAAUAAUGGAGGAAUAAAUAUUUUACUGAGUAGAGAUGUGUCUGUGCAUGCAGAGCAGUGCUCACACCAUUGGGGCUGGGGGGUAAUGUUGGGGUCCCAUAGGGGGCAGGGAAACUCGAACCCACAUCCCAGUCCUACUGCUGGGCACAGGGGCUGGAAGUGCUGAACCCCCACAGCCAGGAGAUCCCCCCAAAGCAGCACUGGGCAUCCAUGCUAUCAGAACAACAUCUCCCCCAGCACUGUGGCAGUGGGCUGAGGAGGGAUGGGGCCAGGGGCAGAGCUAAAUUGUCAGGUCCCAUCCUGCAGCACAAAUAUGGGUGAAAGCCUUUGAGCACUCAGUAGUGCUCAAUCAUGGGCAAGCAUCUGCUGCAGAAGUCCUGCUGGGAUGUGCAAUCAUCUGCAGUCACAGCAGAGACCAGCAUGUGGCCCAGCCUUGAGAACCAGACAGGAGAUACAGAAAGAAGAUGUAGACGUGCUCAGAGGAGGUGGUCUCUCAUGGCACACUGCGCUCAGAGCAUGGACCCAGUGAGGGCUGAGCAUCUCCAGUGCCAGGAGCUCACAUCAGCACCAAGUGCAGCUCUUCCAGGCUCCAUCCUUUGCACAGAGGUGGGCAGCACCACAGUGAGUCAGGUUCUGCAGCCUGCUAGCUAACAUGGAUCAGAAGGACAGGAACAUAGGAAUGAACCACAUAGGAAUGAGCUGCAGGAUCUGAGCUAUGAAGUGGCAGGAAAAAUGCAAGAGGUGCUUAUGGAACCUGAUGCUAUUGCACAGGAGCAUCAGGUUAACAGAGAUCAAAAUGAGCAAACAAGUGUUAGGAGUGCCCAGGAAAGGGUUAGAAAGUGUCCUCACAGCUGUCAUAGAAAGCCACAGCACAGCUAUGGCCUGAAAUCCAUCACCUCAAGAUGCUGCAGAGGUCAAAGGUGCAAAAUGGAUUUGGAGAGGGUCAAGAAGUUAAUGGUGGGUGGGACUGUGGCAGCAAAACACAGCCCAGAUCCAACUGCAGAAGACCCUUUGAGGUGAAGGUCUUACUGCUGCUCUCAGGGCAGAUUCUCCGUUGACUCAUGACUAUUUGCUGCUAGAAAUAUGUCAUUUAUUUCUUGCCUGUGCCAUCCCAGCUCCACUUCAGCUCCUGUUAGAGCAGGAGAUUCCAACCCAUGGUCUGAGGGCUCCUGGGAGACAGGAGCAGGGAGAACCACAGCCUGACUCCCUGCAAUGAGACACCCAGGGUCAGAGCUGAACAGAGCUGUGAGCACCUGAUGGAGCUGUGGGUGUCCCUGUUCACUGCAGGGAGUUGAACCAGAAGACCUUUAAGUGUCCCUUCUGACUCAGUAGAUCACAGGGAUGGAUUUGCCACCUCUCCAUCAUCCAGCACAGACCUCACUUCUCUUCCUUCUGCUUUCUGGUCUCCAUCCACACACCAUUGCUUUCGUUGGAAGGCUGCAAGAACGUUGGUUGCAGAUUGCAUUUACUCCCCUGCAGCAGCUGCUUUGCAUCCAGCUGACUCCCAGAUGAGCUCUCAGCUGAUGAAGGACCUCUCUCCCUUUGUCCCAGAUCCUGCAGCCCUGUACUGCCUGAGUUUUCUCUACUGACCAAAAAAAGCCAGGUAUCCCAGCCAGGUUACCCACAGCUUCU